CAAUACCUAACAUUUUAAAUAUUCAAACUGGGCUACUAUAAUGAUUCACGAUCAAACAAAAACUAAUUCUUUCUACUUCUUGAAAUAUUACCAAUGAUUCCAGGUAUCACAAGUAAAAACAUCACAAGCUAUAAAAAUACUAAUUGUAUACAUAGUGCAGACAGUUUUAAAACCAAAUCUUCGUUUGAGACCAAAAGUGACAUUUAUAAGCAAAUCAGUGUCUCUUCUUCUACCUCGAGUCAAAGCAAGACUUCGACACUUUUAUCUACUCAAAAAAUAGGUGAUUUAAGAACAAAUUUAAGACAGACCAAAUUUUUAAAUGCAAAUGUCAAAUUAUUGGUCAUGGAAGAGGGUGCCUCAAUUACUUUGUCCACAGAGUGUAAUUCAAAGGGCUCCUUCUUAUCCUGUAAUAGUAAAUUGGUUGAAGAAAAGGAAAACUUACCUGAGUUUAUAGAUCCUUUAAGGCUGUUCAGUAAAAGUGGUAAACCUCUGACAGAUCAAAAAGGUCGACCAUUGGCAAAUAUUUUCGGUGAAAAAUUAGUAAUUUUUGAUGAUGAGGGCAAAGUUGUGUCUGAUUUAAGAGGGAAUCAAGUGUUCAACUGUCUUGGAGAGUCUGCAAUUUAUCCCAGUACAAACCUAAACAUUCCUCCUUCUGAUAAUGAACCUGAUAUACCUUUGUUGGACAUUGGUCGAGGUAACAUUCUGUUUCUUUAUGAUAAUACUGGUCAUCCUCUGACGGACUGUUUUGGACGACCACUCCUCUACGCUUCAGGCAAACCUAUGAUAGGUAUGAGAGCAAAAGAUAAAGUAGACAUUAGUAACCAUGAAGGACAUAGCUUAAAGAAGAUUUACAGUAGGAAACCUCUAGAGAAUUUAAUAAGGCAUGUUCAAAUUUUCAACUCAACCGGAAAGCCUUUAACAGAUGGCUGUGGAAGACUACUUGAGGACGCUUCAAUUAUCUGUAACAAGAACGGAAUGCCAAUGUGCACCAGUAAUAGUCAACCUCUUUAUUUCAAGUAUGGAAAUAAAAUUGCAUUAGCCAAAAGAAAAAAUAUAAAUAUGGAUAACAUUGAAGAAAACGUAAAGCUUGAGUCUGAAUUUUUACAAUUAAGUGAUAGUAGAGCUGACCUGACGAGUAUGGCAAUAGAGAAAAGUUUUGAUGGAAUUGGAAAAGACAAAGACGAACAGAAAGUUGGAAAAGUAAAGUUUGCUGAUGGAUUCAUGAGUGAUAGGUUUGUAAAAUACUCCAACGAGAAUGAUAUCCUCGGUUCUGUCGACUUUGAAAACCCAGAUUUGAGCAAUGACUCGAAAACUACUCUUUUAUCCACUGUUGAAAAUAAUGUUGACAAAAACUUAGAAAAUAAAAAUGAAACAAUACAUAUUACUGAUACUCCCAAAACAGAAAAUAUGGCUGAUAUAUUGGAGAAACAAGAAAACCAAAGCAAACCAUUGCUCAGAGAAACUUCUGGGAGUCAAAAAUUCACUACAGAGCAAAAUGUAAUUGUUUUACCUCCUGACGCAUCUGAAAACUUGCCAGAAAAUAAAACUGAAGACAAGCUAGAUCAUAAAACAAAUCUUAAGAAAGAGUCAACAAAUACGGUAUUUCUAUUUAAUGCCACAGAAAAAAUAAAGAAUACUUCUUCAGUCCAUGUGGCACAUUUUGAAGCAAUCAAAGAAGAGCAAUCAAGAUUUAAAAGUAAGUCGCCAAAAAAAAUGUAUUCAUUAAACCUGUUUCAGUUUUUCAAAGACUCACUUUCAAAAACAAGUGAGAAGCAGUGUAUGGAGCCUUAUCAAUACAAUGAAUAUGGGAAACCGUUAAAAGAUAUCCAUGGCAACUUUCUGUAUGAUCGCCAUGGAAUACCCUUGACUGGAGCGCAUGGCAGAAGACUAGGUGAUAAAGCUAGACAAACUUUGAGGUCCAAAUUAAGAAACGUUCCAAAAAAGAAAGUAAAUAUACCUUCUAGGGAUAAAUUUCUUUCACUCUCUCACAAUGAAUCCCAUGAUGAGUUUGGAGAACCGGUAUAUGAUAAAUAUGGACGUCCUCUGUAUGAUCUUGCUGGAAUGCUUAUUUAUGAUAAGUUUGGCCGUCCAUUGACUGAUGCUUAUGGAAGAUCCUUAGUAGAUGCGAUUGGUCAGCCAUUGAUGGAUUGUGAAGGAAGAGUUCUGACAUCAGCAGAUGAAUCGUAUUCAAACACAAAACUAGUAGAUAUUUUCGGGAGAAAGAUAUAUGACAGACGUGGAAGAAUGCUUUUUGAUUCCUUUGGUAGACCGAAGUAUGAUAUUUUCACAAAUGCAAUAUACGAUAACUGCGGGCGUCCCACAACAGAUGCUAAUGGUAGAAUACUCUUUGACUUUUUGAACAAACCCAUUCAGCCUUUCUCUGAAAAACCUCUUUACAAAAACGUAAGAUCACAUUUACCAAAACAUAUAGACACUAUUUUAGCAGUACCUAGCGUGUACCGUUUACUUAAAUACUCCCAACCACUGAAAGAUGCCUUCGGUGGUCCUCUGUUUGAUGAUUUGGGACGACCACUAUACAACAAGAUCGGCAUGCCUCUUUUUGACCGGUACGGACGCCCGUUGUACAAAAGCGACGGAACACCAUUGUGUGAUUGUUAUGGACGUCCGUUAUCUGAAGAUGUCAGAGAAAGUGACGACGAUCAAACACUAAGUGUUGUAGAUUGUUUGAAACUGCUCAAGGUGACUGACGAGUCCUCUAAAUGGAUGUUUAGUAAGAAUAAAGGGUUUAAACCUGAGCAAUCUGAGGUGUCAAAUGUUGUGGAAGUUUGUUGCAAGAGGAGGUGUGGACAGUACGUGUACACCCUGACCAGAGUGACGAGGUUUGCCAGCGGACGACAGGCAUUAGAGAUUCUCGAGGCUCCACUAUCUCAAGCCACAGUAGCUGAGAUGCACCAGCUUCCGGUCGACAACAAACCUCUGGUCUUAAUGGUCGGACAGAAACAUAAGACGACUGUCAAACAAUAAAAUA